GGAUAAAGUCAUAAUUUAUACUGACAGUUGUUGAUCUUGAAGGGAAAGAAAAGAAAAACUGACCAGGGAGUCAGUGACCUAUUGCUGGGAAGAAAAAGGGGCAGUCUGAGACCUCUGGGUAACAUAUUGGCAUCGCGGAAACAGAUCAGAAUCAGAGGAGGCUGAAACGACAAUGAAUGCGCCGAGCUGUCCCCGUUGUCAUCGGACCUAUGACGAGCAGAAUCGGACACCAAGGAUCUUGCCCAAAUGUGGACAUACAUUCUGCCAAGAUUGCCUGCAGAAGAUGAAAAUCUAUGGAGCAAUUCAGUGCCCGACCGACAAUGAAACCUCGAAGGUUGGGUCCUCGUCAGUGACUUCGCUUGUGAAGAAUAUGGCUCUUCUUGACCUUGUCAAAAAUUCAGGCCCUUCAGGAAGCGGGAGCAGUGGAAGUGGAGGAGGAGGUGCGCAUUUGGUUUCUUUAUCCCUUUGGGUUCUCCCAGAGAAAUUGGAGCUUGGGAGGAAGAUUGGCGAAGGGAACUUUGGUGAAGUUCGGGAAGCAAUGCUUGAUGAUGCUGGUCACAAGUGCAAAGUCGCCGUAAAAUUGUAAGCUUUAAAUCUCUUAAUUCUUUUCCACUGCGCCAAGUACAAACAUAAUAGCCCCAUAACUUUGGAAAUGCCAAAAUGGUGCGGACGAA